GCCAAUUUUUCGGCUUCCCCUUCGGUUUAUAGGGGCAGCCGCUGUGGGUCGGUCCUCUGAAGAGGCUGGGGCGUCAUCGGGCUGGUUAGGAGCGCCGGUCUGCGGCGGGGACACUCAGUCGCGUCGGCACCGCGGAGCGGGCUGCGUCAGGUGGCCGGCCCGGCGCGCUGGCUGGCUGGCUGGCUGGCUCUCCCUCCGGCUCGGGCUGCGGCGCCGGCGGAGCGGACCCUGUCCGGCGCGGCGGCGGGCGGCCGGCGGCGGGCACUGCCUUGCGUGUGAGUGCACCUCACUCACAUGUAGCCUGCCCAGCAGCCCGAAGCCCGGGCCGCCCUGCUCCGCAGGGAUCACAGCCGACUCCCCCCGACACGGGGCGCACGGGGGCCGGCCAGGCCGAGGGCAAGCAGGGCGCCCGGGCCAGGCGCGCGCCGGGCACCCCAAGGUGGCCGAGCCACCAUGCUGAAGAUGGCCAUGAGGAUCAAAGCCCGGGCGGCGGAGCGCGAGAGGAAGGCGGCGGCGGCUGCGGCCGGGGUGGCUGCCGAAGCUGCAGCGGCGGCUGCGGCGCUGGCCGGGCCGAGAGAGCCGCUCGCCGCGCGGAGGAGCGCGGACUCCGAGAGGACCCCGAAGAGCGCGGCGCGCGAGGCGGCCCCCGAGAGGCUCCUGACCGAAAAGGGGCGCAAGAAGCUGGAGAAGAAGCUGCUGGAGCAGCGGAGGAAGGAGGAGAGGAAGCAGGAGAAGGAGAGGAAGAGGCUGGAGAAGAUGCAGAAGAAGAAGAAGAAGAAGGGGGCGCCCGGAGCCUCGGAGGAGGCCCACGGCCCGGAGGCCGCCGCCGCCGCCGCCACCGACGAGGGCGCCGCGGAGGGCGCCGGCGGGGUCGACGAGGGCGCCGGCGGCGCGGGCGCGAGUAGGGCCUGGGCCGCGUGGGCCGCGGACUCGGGCGACGAGGACGACGCCUACUACGCGGUGCCGCGUGUCGGGGGCGUCGUGUGGCGGCCCGGGCCGCUGAAGGCCGGCGCGCUCGGCGCCCACCUGCCCCUCGUGGUGUUCCUGGUCUUCUCCGUGCGCAGCCCCUCGUGGGUGCUCAACUUCCUGCUGCAGAAGCGCACGGAGCAGGGCCGCGGCUGCGGCUUCGUGUUCGGGGCGACCUGCUGCUUCCGAGUGUUCCUCGGCUGCGCCUUCUUCUCCUACUUGGGCGGCCGCGCUCGGCGCCGAGGGCGCGGGCGCGCGGGGACCCCGGGGGCCUUCAGCUCGGGCCGCGGCGCCCGGCGCCGGGGGCGCGACGAGCGGCUCAUCUAGCCCAGCCCCGCGCCCCCCGCCCCCGCCACCGGACACCAUCGCUGCGUAGUGUGGAGUUUUAUUCAGUAUUUGUGCGUGUGUGUGGACACAUUUUCCUUUUCGGUUGCUCUGUCCUUCGCUUCGUGCUCGCCUCGCUUUUUCCGCACGCCCUGCUCCCCGGCUCUCUCUGUGUCUCUCUCUUCUGUUCGAAAAUUUUCCGAAGUCCGGGCUCGGGCGCGCGCUCCCUCCCCUUCCGCCCACCCCGGCCCCUCGGCGGCGCCCGCGGGAGGUGGGGGGGGCCGCGGCCUCGGGGCCGCAGGGCGGCGCGGCCCGGGGGGUGGAGCGUUGGCGUCGUGCGAGGGGUCGUCACUGGCCCGGAGCCGCCCCCUCUCCCCCCGCGGCCCGCCGGGCUGGGGCCCGCGCCGGGGGGCGAGGGGGCGGCUCCCCGGGCCGGCCCGGGCCGCGCGCGGGCG